AUGGAGACCAACGAACUUCUUUUGUUUAUGAUAUUGUCAUUAUUAACUGGUAAAGUGACAGCAAUCGCAACAAACGGUAAGCCCAAUAACAACAAGGAAAUUUCACAACCAAAGCUAUCCUAAACCAAAUUUAUUUCCAGAUCUAAAACCCUGCUUUGAGAGAUACGAUGGAUUCAAAAUCGUUGACUCGGCCCCAUUCCAUUCAGAAUGGCGAAUGAAAUCCGAGGAUCAAUGUCUUGAGUUCUGCGUUCGAUCGUCCGUAAGUAACGGAAAGACUGAACAUAAAAAGAACAUUUCAGAACUGUAUAAUAGGUGUUGCAAUUUAUAUUUCAGAGUAGAUGCGUGUCUAUCGUGUAUGACAAAUACAGCCACAUUUGUCACUAUUUUAGCAUCAAUGCAAUCGAAGCAGAGUUGAUUGUAAAAAGCCCCAGGAUGGUCUAUUUCCAAACCGCCGAAAAGGAAUGUAUCGGUGAGAAACAUCCGUUUUAGCAAUUGCUCCGUAUUUUGUAUACAUAGUACCCUUCGUAUGACAAGGGAGUUUCUUAACGCGUAUUUACACUUCCCACAAACUAUAAUUUUAAAUUCCAGACAGAAAGCUCCUUCAAAUCAUCACGGAAGAAAAUGCCCGCCAAACCGCCAUGAUGGAGAUUCAGAAGAUCCGAGCUUCCGCUUCCUCUACCUCAGCCCCUCUGACUUCGCCAACAACAAUUCAACCCGAGAGUCCAUCCACGGCAACAUUCAAAGAGGACUUAGAAGCAAAUGAUGAGAGUAUUUUGGCUUUGGACGCGGACUUUGAUGGAGAUCCGAUGAAUUUCGUGAAACUGGUGGAUGACGAGAAAGAAGAGGAGAGUGGAUACACGUCGACGAGAAGUCCAAGUAGUGUGAUUACAACUACAGAGAGUACAACGGCCAGUACGACAACAACAGCACCCACGCAAACCACAACAGCUGCUACAACUAUCUCUGCGGCCAAAAGGAGAUUCGUAGGUACGUGAAAAUAGUAAAAAACCGACAAGGUCUCACCAGUAUUAAUGCAUAAUACUUGCACUUUGCAUUAUUUAGAGCCAUCCACAAGCACUUCCACAACCUCAACCAGCACAACAACUACCCCAACCACAACCACUCCAUCCACAACUACUUCGGUUCUCACUUCCCAAUCUGUCACUCCUGUAAUCACUAAACCCACAACCACUGCAGCUCCCGCAACCCAGAAAAUUGUCCCUCAAAAGGUACCCGCACCUGUUUCAGAACUUCCGCCAUCCUUCCCGGUGAUUCCGUCGAUGGAUGACAAGAUUGACGAGAUGAUGCCAAUCAUGUCUGGGUUCAAAAUUCAAAAGAAAACAUUGCCCGAUAUGAUAGAAGAGGCCAUGGAGAAGAAGCCAGAGAUCAUGGAGGUCAGAAGAUCGCCUGGAAAGAGCAGGGGCCCUAUCGCAAAGACAUUCGACGAGGAGGAAGAGGAAGUAAGUCAAUAAAAACAUGAAUCAAUAUAAAAAUUUGUCUUAAGACUCCGCGUCCAUCAAUUUACGAUGCCAACUGCAAGGAGGGUGCCCACGAGAUUUGGCUGGCAGUUGAGAACUCCCAAGUCGACAGUGGAAUCAGAUCUUCUGUUCUAAAAUUAGCCGCAUUGCCUCAGGAAUGCAUGGAUACUUGCAAAACGUUAGAAGUCGGUGGAUACAAUUGUGAUUCGUUCACAUUUUUGGAGUCCUCCAAGAGAUGUAUUUUCCAUGCCAGUCCACACAAAUUUUCGGUAAAACCAGCCUUCAGCAAUGACUUCAGUACUCGGGCUUUCAAAAAGUAUUGCUUCCCAGGUAAGGACUUUGCCUUCUACAGUAAUUCAGAGCUCUGUUGGUCAAUCAACAACUAAAUUUAUAUAACCUUUGCAGGAGAUCUAACACCAUUUAAUGAUUGCGUGGAAUUCCUGGCAUUCCGGGACUACUCAAUGGAAAUGGAGCCCCGAGAAGUUUUCGAAGGUCUUCCCUCGACGAAUGAGGGAAUCUCCGCUUGCAUCGAGUUGUGUGUUUUGGCUACUGAGUUCAGAUGCAAAGUAAGUGAAUUAACUUUCAAAACAAAACGCCUUUUGCUCAAUUAUUACCGAGAAAAAUAGGAGCCGCGUGUUUUACAAACAGAAAAUCCAAUUAUUUAAGAGUGCCAACUUCGACCAGCAAAGUGGAAUGUGUCUUUUGUUCGCGGAGCAUUCUCUAAGUCGACCAGCGGCCUUCCGAGAGCAUCAAUUGGCCAAUCAAAUUUACUUCGAGAACGGAUGCGUGCCAGUGGAAGUACCCACGGAACAAGAAGUCAUCAGUAAAUACGCAAAAACCGAGAGGAUAACACCUGUCAAGUUGGAUUAUCGAAAGAUCACGCACUAA